AUGGGUCCAAGCAAUGGAUUAGCGGAGCAGUCCGCUGUGCUUGGCAGGGACGGAACAGCGUUUCUGUAUGGGCUUCCUCAGUGCGGUGUCUUCGGGGGCGGCUGCGUUCCAGACCCAGUGCAACAGCAGGGAAUGCAGGCCUACCAGCUGAAAGCCAUCUCUUGUCAGUACACGUUUAUACGAGCUCAGGUCGUAUCUCACGAGAAUCUCACGGAAAUUGACCUAUCUGCAACUUACAAAGUUCCCAAGGAGAUUAAUUUUGUGCUCUGGGCUUACAUGUCACCCGUGGAAACUCUGAACCUGCUUAUGGACUUAGGAGAUGACGCGGUUCGAAUGCAAUUGAGUGAGCCAGUGGUACAGGAUUUUAUAAGGAGAAACCCCACUUUCGACCUGGUGAUCAUCGAACGACUACAGUACCAAGCCUACUACGGGCUGGCCCACUUGGUCGGAUCGCCCCCUCUCGUCGGAUUUGUGACGCUGUCUGAACUCGCGCCCGUAUACCAUGCUUCGGGCGGUCCCAUGAACCCUGCCUAUCUGCCCGAAGUCUGGGUGGGCUUUUCCGAUCACAUGACCUUCUGGCAACGUCUGUACAACACGUACUUCUAUCUACGUGUCUAUUACAAGUGGUUCUGUGACGUAAUGCCAAAACAGGAGGCUGUGAUGCGAGAAUUCUUCGGAACGGAACCACCACCAGUUUACGAGACGGAGUUCAACUUCAGCCUCCUCAUCAUCAAUAACGACUUUUCCCUGGAGUACCCACGGCCACUGACGCCAAACAUCAUUGAAAUCAAUGGCAUCCACGUACCGUCGAAAGUCGAGCAGUUACCUGAGGGUGUCCAGAAGUUCCUGGAUGGAGCAGAGCAUGGCGUGAUCUACUUCAGCCUCGGUUCGAACGUGCGAAGCAAAGAUCUCCCACCUGAGAUGAUGCAGGACAUCCUGCAGGUAUUCAGACAGCUGCCACAGCGUGUCCUCUGGAAGUGGGAGAACGACUCGCUGACUUCUCAGCCAGAGAACGUCAUGACCAAAAAGUGGCUGCAGCAGCCAUCUGUACUGGCUCACCCCAAUGUCCGCCUUUUCAUAACUCAGGGCGGCCUCCAGAGUAUGAACGAGGCUGUGUAUCACGCGGUUCCGUUAAUGGUCAUCCCGUUCUUCGCUGACCAACAGCAUAAUGCUGCAAAGGCUGUGCAAGCGCAGAUCGGCGUCUGGCUGGAGCUUCGAGACAUCACAAAAGACACAUUUCUACGUUCCAUACGUACGGUUCUGGAAGACACAAAGUACAGGGAUAACAUGAAGAGGCUGUCGGCCGUGUUCCGAGAGCACAGGGCGGACUCCCUGGAGCGGGCGGUGUGGUGGGUGGAGUACGUGAUCCGCCAUAGGGGAGCCCCUCACCUGCGCAGCGCCGCCCUCGACCUGCACUGGUGGCAGCUGCUGCUGCUCGACGUCGUCGCUUUCGUUCUGGCGGUCGCCGCUCUCACACUCUGCCUCGUCUACUUCGUCACGCGGCGGAUAGUCUCCUUCUGCAAGGGCAACAAGCAGAAACGGAAGCAGAAGAAACAUUGA